UGAUAUAGUGAUCAUACUAAACUAACAGGACGCUAGCUUAAUACUUUGUCAAUUUUUCUGUGUGUGAAAACAAAAUUGGGAAACAUCUAAGCGUGCUUGCUGCACAAUAUUGAUAAACGUUGAGCUAGCUAGCUAGUAAGUUAGAAGACAGAUAUAAUAAGAAAAGGGGUGGUAUCUCCCCUAGCCGAUCAACGAAAGAGUGUGGCUAUCUCUAUGUAGGGCGAAUAUAGAUAUGCAAUUUUAAUAGUUUGUAGUAUGGUUAAACUUCAAAUUUCACAGGAGUACUAACUGAUAACUUGUUAAAUACAAUAUGGAUAGGAUAUUUCAAUUAUGGAGUUAAUAUUGACUGUGUUCUAUUUCAGGGGUAUUAAGUACUGUAGUACAGUUUGCCUGUAGUGUGAGUGUUAGGAAAUUAUUUCUCUUCAUUUGUUUUUAUUUGGAAGUUGGAAGGAUUUAUGAUAUUUGACAAUGGUUGUUACAGUAUGUUCGCCUGACCCCGAGGGUCAAAGUAAUAACCAAGAGCCACACCGUGGAGCCAUGAGUCCAGAAAUUCCUAAAGAAAAUACUGACAGUCAGGCGAAAUUUAAUUUUGAUCCAACAGAAACUGUGAUCGUGGUGAGACGAAAGAAAGAGUCUGGGGGUCGGGAAAAAAGUGUUAUGUUGAAAAGUUUGCUCAAACAAAAAUCUUUAUUAACUAACAAUACUAAUAACAAUAUCAAAGGUGGACGGAUAGAAAAAAUUCGAGUAGUUAAAAGUCCAAAAACAACAGAGAUCAAGAAUGCAUCGUUACAGAUGCGCACGAAUCUCAAGCUACAGCUUAUGCGACAACAGGCGGAGGAAGAAGAGAAAAGAGAACGUCAGUAUUCGCAGUCGCUGAAAACAUCGUACAUACCAACCACUGGUAUAGACAUGCCACCACAAACAUCACAUACAUCAGAGGUCCCCCCACAAGUUCUACAGGUGAAAACAAAAUUGGAGAACCCAACACGAUAUCAUGUCAUACAAAAACAAAAGCAUCAGAUAGAGUCGUAUUUAAGUCAAUCACAAGGUAACCAUGCUGGGGUACAAUCUAUGCCGAAUGUACGACUUACAUCAACCAGUGAUAUCCCUCAUCAUGCACACAGUGGUAGUGCCCCGGUAGAUCCUGAUAGUCCACUCUCUGUUGGUAUGAGUAGCACUGCCACAAGUAUCUCCGAGGUGGAAAGUAUACUCAAUGACCUUCAGGACCUUGAGUCUGUGGACACGAACUUUGAUGAUGAUCUCAAAUUUAUAACACCUUCACUUGUACAAAUGUCAUCUACAAAUCCUGCCUCCAAUGAUUAUGUAUUUACUCCAGUGGGUGGAGCUAUAUCCUCUGCUCAGUCAGCCCCUACUGUUUUACCGGGACAGAGAAUAGCCACGCCUACUUCGUUCCUCACUGAAGAUGAUGCUAGAAUGUGGGCGAAGGAGAGGCAGAAGAAGGACAAUCACAAUAUGAUUGAAAGGAGGAGAAGAUUUAACAUAAAUGACAGAAUUAAAGAACUCGGUACCUUACUUCCUCGAACUAUAGACCCUGAUUUACGACAGAACAAGGGUUCAAUAUUGAAGGCAUCUGUUGAUUAUAUUAGAAAGUUGAGAAGAGAUCAAGAACGCCUUAAACAGAUUGAAGAAAAACAAAGACAGACAGAAUUACAAAAUAGAAAAAUGAUGCUGAGAGUGCAGGUAAAUUUUUUUAAUAAAAUAGAGCCGCGUCGAGACAAAACCAACAUGAUGCGUGCAGGGAUGCGCGAGGGCGGAUCUAUGCGGGCCCAAAAGUUUAAUUGGUUUUUGUAG